GGCGAUUGCUCGGCCUGAUGCUUGAGUCUGCCUGUCAGUGGCGUUACUUUAAAAGGCGCGUCUGCGGGCGCAGAGACUUCGGAUCUGGCCCCUUUGCAAGGUCCCACGUAAGCCUUGGGAACUCGGCUGCUGCCGCCGCCAUACUCCCACAGCAAUGCCGGAAGGCCCGUCUGUGAAGAGGUUCCAACUUCUCUGCACUCCUUUUGUGGGGCAGAAAGUGACCAAAGUGGGAGGAAGCACGAAGCAGAUGAACCCAGAGGAGCUGAAGUCACUGAUGCUGUGUGACACUCAAGUUCAUGGGAAGAACUUAUUCCUAGCCUUUGGUGCCAUUCAAGAAGUGACAUCCGACUGCAGGAAUCAGUCUCCGGGACGGUCCAGUGAUGGGCCAGCAGGUCAAGGAACAGCUGCUAGUGGGGUUGGCUGCUUCCCCACCCAGCAGGAAAAAAAUGAGGGUGCUCCUUCUGACCCAGAGCGCCACCUGCAGGAGGAGGAGCAAGCCAGUUCGCCCUUCCUUAAGGCAGAUGCUGAUGAGCACCCUUGGAAAUGGCUGCACUUCCACUUUGGCCUCUAUGGAAGCAUCCGAGCCAAUGAGUUUGCAAGGGCCAAUAAGGCAAACAAGAGAGGAGACUGGAACGAUCCGAUUCCCAGGUUGGUCCUCCACUUCAACGACCAGGGUCUCCUUGUCUUCUACAACUGCAGGAUUCGCCCAUGUUCUUCUCCCACCACUCAACCAGCUACAGACAUCCUGAGCCCAGCGUUCGAUCAAGAACAGGCUUUGGCGGCCCUUUGUGAAGCCACGCCCGUGUGUUACACCCUUCUGGACCAAAGAUAUUUCUCAGGGCUGGGGAACGUCAUUAAGAACGAGGUCCUGUAUCUGGCAAGGAUCCAGCCGCUCUCCCUCGGAUCUCUCUUGGCACCCUCAGACCGCCAAUCCGUGCUUGGUCAUGCUGUACGUUUCAGUCUGGAGUGGCUCAAUAGCAAGCUGAAGGGAGAAAGGUUACACCUGCAGAUCUAUGGAAAAGACAGGUGUCCCUCAGGGCAUGAGGUACAAAAGGGAACCUUUGGACCCCGAGAUGGAUUGAAGAGGCUUACCUGGUGGUGUCCACAGUGCCAGCCGUGCAGGCUGCCAGAGGAGAUGCCACCGCCUCACGGUACCCGAGAUGCUUAGCCACUAGCGAGGCUUCAUCCUGUGGCGGGUCAGAUUUUACUAGUGAGAUAAAAUCCACCGUCCAUUGAAACAAUGUCAUCACAGGGAUGCCGCCAAAAACCAGCCAUCUGCGCCCUGGUGUUGAUGUUUGCUAAUUGUUGGGUUUUUUUGUCACAGGUGUAACCCUAGGGUUCUCAACUUUAGGUCCCCAGAUAUUGGACUACAACUUCUGUCAUCCCCAACCACAGUGACCAAAGGGAAGGUGGGAGUUGUAGUCCAUCCCCAGCCUUUGGCCAUUGUGGCUGGGGAUGGUGGGAGCUGUAGUCCAACAUAUGCAGACCCAAAGCUGGGAACCUUGACCCUAUUGGCAACCAUAACUUUUGCCAGAGUUCUGCCUGUUUUUGGUUUAAAUCUAUAAAGAAUUUGGUAUAAUCUACCUAUUAAAAGAUGUAUCUUCUGCCCUCCUGCUCAUAUAGGGCAGUUUGCCAUUUUUAAAAAAUACCAAAUGAUUUGUUUUCUUGAAUUCUCAUUUUACAAAAGCCUGGAUUGUUUCACACCCAAACCCAGGAUUAGGAAAUGAGUGGGCUGGGGAAUCAGAGUGAAUCUUGGUUCUUUAAGUUGAGAAGCAUACUUGUUUCAUUUUGUUAACUUUUAAAAAUAGCCAUGUUUGUCUCUUCUUUAAAUUUUUCAUUUUAACAAACUGAUGUUUAGUAGUUAAAGCAUAGGCAGGAGAUUAGAAUAAUCCUGACUCUCUGGAAUACAAGAAUUCCAAUAUGCAAUAAAAUGU